CAUAUAUAUAAUCGAUCUACUCCUUAUAUCUACACUUCUCUCCCACUCAAGCAUAUAUACAUUCACACACACAGCGAAAACCCACUUUCUUUUGCUUUUCUCCCACUAACACAAAAAGACUCGCCCUUUUGCUUUUCGUGUUUUUGGAUUGUUGUAGAUCUGCAAAGAUAAAGACCACCGAAGAAGAUGAUCCAAGAACUGUUGGGCGGUUCUUCUGGUUUCAUUUCAACGGGAGAAAGGAAAAUCUCCAUUAACGCCGCUGGUGUUCUUGCACCUCACAUACCAUCUCCUCCUCUACCUUCUUCCACCACCACUGCCACCACCUCCGCUGCUGCCGCCGCUACCCCAGCUGCUGCCCCCGCCGCUGCCUCGUCAAAUUCAGAAAACCAGAACUUGAGGUGUCCCCGGUGCGAUUCAUCAAACACAAAAUUUUGUUACUACAACAACUACAAUCUCACUCAGCCUCGCCACUUCUGCAAGACAUGUCGCCGGUACUGGACCAAAGGAGGAUCUCUAAGAAACGUUCCAAUCGGAGGUGGUUGCCGGAAAAACAAGAGCGUCAGCGCGUCAACCAACUCUGUGGCGAAGACGAGUGGGGCCGUGGGUAAGGUGAAAACGGCUGCGUCUGAGCUUGGAAGUAGGUCAUCAGGACUUGGUGGCGGCGGCGUCUUCGAUCAUCCGGAUCUUCCGGCAAGCCCAAUUUUGUGGGGCUCGCCACAAAAUUCUCACCUGUUGGCUUUGCUGAGAGCUAGCCAGAACCCUAACCCUAGCCCUUGUCCAAACAAUCUCAUGCCUAAUAAUGCUGUGAAUCCGAAGGAAGAAGGGAACUUGAUGAGAUCCCACAUGGUGACUGAACCAAUGGGCUCUAAUGGCCUUCUGAAUGUUCCUGCAACCUCGGGCUUUGAUCCUUCACUCGGUCUCACGAGCUCUUUCUGGAGAAACAACAAUCUCGAUCAGCCACAAAAUGGAGGCUUUGUAUUUGGCGAGCACCAACACCAGAACAGUGGGAUCCAAGAACUCUACCAGAGGCUCAGGUCCUCUUCUUCGGCUAACUAUUGUAGUGACGACUCAUCAUCGCCGUUUCUAAGCAACAUGGCUUCUUCUUCUUUAUCAUCAUCUUCCUCUGUAGCCAUUUUGGAGUCAUCAUCAACUCCAGCUAAUGGAAGCGGAAUUGGAUUGGGGUACUGGAAUCAACCUCUUUUCUGGUCUGAUCUUCCCACGACCAAUGGUGCUCAUCCGUAACCAUACUAUAAUUUCUCUUUUUAGUUCAGCGUUUAGAUCUCUAAUUUUCUUCCCAUCAGAAAAGCUUUGUAAUUUAGGAUUUGUUUCUACUGUGGUUGUUUGGUUUGGGUGGUAUAAUUAAUAUGGAUAUGGCUGUAGCAUCUUCUUCCCCCUUUUCUUGGGUUUGUUUGCUUAAUGUGUGUUUGGUUAAACUCUCUUCACAAGGACCAGAGAGUGUUAGAAUUGAAUAGUAAAAGCGGAGUGUUUCUCGAUGCUACUUAUCAGUCGUCAGAUCUCUUGAUUUAUCGAUGUGAAUCUGUUUUUUUCCUUUUCAAAA